AGCUGCAGAAACAACUAACAACUCUUUCUCGGCAGCAGCCGCCGCAACCCGCAGCUACCGCAGCUCAUUGGCGUGACGCGCUGUGCACGCUCGUGCGUUGCACGUGUGCGUUUCUAAAGUAAACAGACGUAGUUUAGGGUUUUCGUUUCGUAACAGCGCAGCGCACCAGUCCACCGCCAUGCCCGAGAAACUGUCGGGCUACGAGUUCUGGACGAAAGUUCUGAAGAGCCCGAAGUUCGUCGUCGCGCCGAUGGUGGACCAGAGCGAACUGGCCUGGCGGCUGCUCAGUCGAAGACACGGCGCCCAACUCUGCUACACGCCCAUGCUACACGCGGCCGUGUUUCUCAAGGACCCCAAGUACCGAAAGGAAACCCUGGCCACCUGUGACGAAGACACCCCGCUCAUAGUUCAGUUUUGUGCCAACGACCCUGACGUGUUGUUCGAGGCAUCCCGUAUGGUGGUGGGACAGUGCUGCGCUGUUGAUCUCAACCUCGGCUGCCCCCAGGCCAUUGCCCGUGCCGGGCAUUACGGGGCUUUCCUUCAGGACGAGUGGGAUCUCCUUUCCAGAAUGGUGAACAAGUUGCACACGGAGCUCGAGAUUCCCAUCACGUGCAAAGUGCGGGUGUUCCCAGAAGUCGACAAGACCGUCGAGUACGCCAAGAUGCUGGAGGCCGCUGGAUGUCAGGUCCUGACUGUCCACGGCCGGACGAGAGACCAGAAAGGGCCGUUCACUGGCCUCGCAAACUGGGAACACAUCAGGGCAGUCAAGCAGAGUGUCAAGAUCCCUGUGAUCGCCAACGGAAACAUCCAGUAUCUGCACGAUGCUCUGCGAUGCCUCGAGGAAACUGGAGUGGACGCAGUCAUGUCGGCCGAGGGCAACCUUCACAAUCCGUACCUGUUCACCGGCACUCAACGUCCUGUCUGGGAGGCAGCACUGGAAUAUCUGGAGCUGGUCCGUCAAUAUCCGUGUCCAACCUCGUACAUCAGGGGUCACUGCUUCAAGCUACUCCACCACUGCAUGACCAUGCCCGAGAACGUGGACUUGAGAGAAAAGCUCGCAAAGGCGAGCUUGGUCGAGACUUUCGAAGAGGUCGCCAAGGCGCUGAGGGAGCGGUUUCAGGACAAAACGUGGGAUCCGGAUCCCAACUCUCCACAGGCCGACCUUCCAUUCCCGCCUUGGAUCUGCCAGCCGUACGUUAGGCCAAGCCCCGAGGUGUCGCAGGAGACGAAGCGAGACCUGAAUGCGGAGUACCAGAAGCUGCUGGAGAUGACGGCGGCCAUCAAGCGCCCCGCUGACCUGGACCUGCUCAGCCUGUCGAGGAAGCAGCUCAAGCGGCUGCGCAAGAACCCUCGCAAGGCGUUUGCCAAUCGCGAGCAGUUCAUGCCCUGUGCCAAGUGCCCCAACCCAAGGUGUACAAAGUGUGUCUACGAUCUCUGCAAGCCGUGCUGUCGUAACCGGGUCAGGGAGAACUUCGAAAAUUGCGAAGGGCACAGUUUCUUCUUCAAGCCCAGGACAGAAGAAGAAGAGCUAAAAAUGAGAACAGCCAAGGAAGCAAGGGAGAUCUUGAACGUGCCCGCAAACAGCGUGACUGAAAGUUCUUUAAUAGAGACGGCUUCUCAGAAAUGCCAACUUGAUUUUCUUCGCAAACCAGUCGGCCCCGUUCAAAUGUACAAAUCACUGAGUAAUAUAUGUACAUAAUACUGGCAAAUCGGCUGUCUCCUU